GCAAAUGACCAGACCAUGUACGCUGUCGGGGGUAUAAAUAGCCGCGGCAGACGACAGGAGACUUCAGUCGUUUGUCUUGCUACGUCAGUGAACGUACAGGCAAAUCUCAACGUGUCGAAAUACUCCACCACAGCAACCGCCGUCGUCGCAGCUCUACCGUCACCAGCAUCAGAGCCUAUUGUUCCAUCAGACAGAAUACCAGCAUCUCCAUCACCGGCGUUUAAAACAGUUCGUGUUAAGGAAGCAUCCACUUGUGCAGUCAUGUCUCUACACCUGAGUCAAUGCCGUCAGAACUAUCAUCAGGACAGUGAGGCCGGGAUCAACCGCCAGAUCAACAUGGAGCUGUAUGCCAGCUACUGCUACCAGUCCAUGGGUUUCUAUUUUGAGCGUGAUGACGUCGCUCUGCCAGGAUUUUCUAAAUUCUUCAAGAAACUCUCCAGCGAGGAAAGAGAACACGCCGAAAAACUCAUGUCCUACCAGGUCAAAAGAGGAGGUCGCAUUGUCCUUCAGGACAUCAAGAAACCUGAGAGAGAUGAGUGGGGUGCAGGAGUGGACGCCAUGCAAGUGGCCCUCCAGUUGGAGAAAAGUGUCAACCAGUCCAUCCUGGAUCUGCACAAACUCGCCUCAAGCCAUGAAGAUGCCCAGAUGGCUGACUACCUGGAAGACUUCUUAGAGGAGCAGGUCAGGUCAAUCAAAGAGAUUAGUGACUACAUCACUAACUUGAAGCGUGUUGGCACUGGUCUGGGCGAGUACAUGUUUGACAAGGAGUCACUCAGCUAGACACUCCAGGAAGGACACACCCCCAUGAUGGACCCUUCCUUUAAGCACCCUCAUGGCGGACCGUUAUCUAGUUCAGAAACAUCCCGGCCUUUUAAUUAUAUAUUUUUAUGUCAAGUCUUUUAAGCUUCAACUGAAUGUCAAAAAAAACAAAAAAACUUUGUUUCUUAACAAUAGGAAGAAAUGCUAAAUUUUAGCAAUACACUAGAAUAUAAACAUAGGUAGAUAUAACGUUAGAAUGUCAUGGAAGAUAACUGUGCGUUGAAUGGAUAACAAAUAAAAUGUUUAAAAAUAUAAAUAA